CAUGAUUUCACUUUCUGUUUUGGUUGAAGUGAAACACGGAGAACAGAAGUUCUGUCUCCUGCUGUGGUUUAUCUUUGAAUCUUUUUCGUUCCAGUGGAUAACAGGAGGAAUUAACCCUCCAUGGACAACACGGAGGGAACACGCACCUGCGGCCUGUGCCACAAAAACGUCGCGGAGGCCAACUUCGCUCUGCACGAGACGCACUGCAGACGCUUCUUAUGUCUGUGUCCUGACUGUGGUGAGACAGUUCCCAAAGAGCAACUGGAGCAGCACAGAGAGGAGGAGCACACUGAGACGAGAUGCUCCGAGUGUUUCCAGAAGAUGGAGCGUUGUCGUCUCAAGGAUCACAAGGCUGAUGAGUGUGUUGAGCGCCUGCAGGCCUGUAAGUUCUGUGACCUGGAGCUGCCCUGGAAGAAGCUGGCGGAACAUUGUCUGGCGUGUGGGAGUCGCACCGAGCUCUGCAGGGACUGCAACCGCUUCGUGAAACUGAGUGACCAGCCGGAGCACGCCUCCACCUGCUCUUCUGCUGACAAUAAUGCAAGUCCCGCCAGCACUCCAACAAAUCAGAAAAAGGUAACAGUUAGCUGUAGCAUAUGCAUGCUAUUAUUUCCUGCUGAGGACCUAGAGGAACAUGAGCUAGAGUGUGCCUCCGCAUCCGGUUGUGACGACUCUGGAGAGGAAGAGACGGAGGAUGAGGAUGAGGAGGAGGAGGAGGAGGAGGAGUUACCUGGGCAGGUGACCAUUCCUCAGCUAAACAGCAUCUAUAGGGCAGCCUCCCUGUCACCCACCCCCCCCAAUGGUCCAUUGGGUGACGGAGGAGAUCAAGACCAGAUCAGCAUCUGUCCCCACUGUUCUCUGGCCCUGCCUCUCGUCACACUGCGCAGGCAUCAGACCAAGUGCCAAAUCUACGCUCACCUGAAAUAAAGAGGACAUGGAUGAGGUGCCUCUCACAGCUUUGAUCAAUAUGUCAGUCGUAACAGAUGCGUGUUUGGAUUGUAGGUAAAUAAAUUAAAGGGCUACAUUAGAUUUAGUUUCUGUCUCAAUAAAGGAUUACAUUUGGUUUUUACUUUAACUGACCGUUAGUUUAAAUUAGUGAUUGCGUGUAGUGACAGUAGUUAAGAAUACGUUGAACUUCACACUGUGUAGAUUGUUUUCUGUGAAAUGCAAAUACAGCUGCUGAUCUGUAAAGCUAACUGACUGAAAUGUUUUGAGCUGGAAACUUCAUAUUGAGACAUUUUAAAAGCAGUUUAAGUUUAGUUAUUGUGUUUGAAGUCCACCUCUUUGUAUUCAUGUUAUUUAGAAUAAGCUUCUGUAGCUGAAGUUAUUGCCAUAAUGUUUUAUUAUUUGAGGUUACAAUGUAAAACUCUGCAAAGGAGGUUAUGUUUUCCAUCUACAUUUGUUUCAGUUGGUUUGUAGGAUUACACAAAAAAACGUCCAUGAAGGUUGGUGGAGGGAUACGUUGUGGUGCUCCGGGACCUUGUGAGAUUUUUUUUUUAAUUUUCGUUGAUUUCACAGAAAAAUUAUUGUUGAAUUGUGAUGAAAAGAAUCAUAUUUAAGAUACUGAAUGCAUAUCUGAAUACAAAUCUGGUUUGAAUGUAUAAGGAUAUAAAUAUAUAUAUUUUUUAGUUGGCUGUUUUUGUUGUUGGUUGUUUUUGUUAUUAUUAUUAUUAUUAUUAUUAUUAUCAUUAUGUCAAAAAUUGAAAUCAUUUACCAACAAAUCAUUUCAUGUGUCUGUGUUGCAGCCGGUC